AGCUGCUCUCGUGCAGUGUGUCACACUUAAAAGCUGAGCUUACCUCAAGCCUAGGUUUGCAUUUUGUAACAACUGGAAAACAUUUAAAUUAGGUGUUUCUUUUUUUCUACCAUUAUCCGUGAUCCAGUUUUUACCUGGCUGUUUUAUUUGCACCAUUUAGCCCUCUGAAGGUGCCUGAAGACCUUGAGAUGUCUCCUGAAGACCAUGGGGCAGGAUUGAGCUGGGAGAUCAUUGAUUCAGGCCAGGACAGCCGGACUGGGGUUGGACCUCAGCUUACUGACUCCCUCAGACUCUUCCUGCAAGAGACAUCAGCUUUCAAAAAGCAAAACCCAGGCAAGUUUUGCCUGCUGGUUUGCAGUGUGUGCACUUUCUUUGCUGUCUUAGGACGCUACAUUCCAGGGAUCGUUAUCUCGUAUAUUCUAGUGUUGGGUGUCUUUCUGUGGCCUCUGAUUUCAUCUCAUGACAUCAGCUCGUGGCUGGAGCCAGUUCUGCAGAAGCUGGACUUUGGCAUCGGCGAGUUUUUUCAGAAAAUCAAAGAGAACCACGAAAAGCGACUCCUGCAGGCUCAGAAUGAGAAAGAAGGCAUUGAGUCAGACCUCUCCUCUAUGUUUCCAAAGCUCGACUCCACAGUGUGUAAAGAGAUGUCUGUCUCGGACACAGAGGUGUCAGAUGUCACAUGGACAGACAAUGGUACUUUCAACCUGUCAGAGGGACACACACCACAGACUGAGAACUCAGAGGACUUUGACAGAGAAGAACCGUUCAUUGGUGGCCUACCUGAAUUCCCUUCACUUGAUAAUGGCAUGACCACCAAUGGCGACGACGACGACGACCUCAGCCUCGGCCUUGCUUCACCUCCAACUCGGCUCCAGGAUCCAAUCAAAUCCAAGCACGAACCUCAAGACCAGUCCACCAAUGCCCUCGAUUUGGUCAACCAGAUGGCAGGUGAAGUUAUCACCGCUGCAGUCACAGCUGCCAUCCAGGAGAGAAUAGAAGCAGCAGUCAGCUUCAUGACGCCAACUGAAGACCCCAAGCGGGCGGGACUCACAGAAUCGAGCAGGCUGCUGGAGCUGACCGAGGAGUCGGACAGCGAGGUGGAGGACUUUGAGCUGCUGGACCAGUCAGAGUUGGAGCAAUUGGAGGGGGAGCUUGGCCUCGGAGAGAAGGCCAAAGCCAAAGAAGAGGUGCAGACCGACAGUCCCGCCUCUUCUGGCUUCUUGUCCAAACUCCUUAAACGCCACUGACGGAUGAAAAGUUUGAAAGCAGAUGGUGAGGUGUGGUUUCCAGAGGACAUGUGGAGGGGAGGCAACUUUAUAGAGCUGUGAGAACACAGAGUUUCAAUUUAGCUUCUUCCUGUUAAGCAAACAUCUACAGAACUGAUCAGAUAGUGCUGUCUUUUUUUUUAAUCGAACCAGAGUAGCCCAAAGCUGAGACCACACCAUAUACCCUAAUAAUGGCUGACCAAACUGAGGCCUCUAAGAUGAUUUCAGUAACUAAUGAAAGAUCCAGGCUCAUCUGAAAACAGGCGUAUGGAUUUUUUAAAUUUAUACUUUUAUUAUUUGCUAUCAGUCAGGUGGAGGCUGGUCACUCACGUUUAUAAGGCUUUAUAUGACUUUCAAAUUAACACUGAAUUGACUUAGGCGUAGUUUUUAGGUUACAGUGUCGCUAUGUGGCAAGUGUGCAAAACUAGUGUAGUACAAACUAAUACAGUACAAAUGCUGACUUCCCAUAAGACUCAAAUCUUGUGACAUACUACUCCACUACUACUCCUUGGGUUGGUCCUUCACAUAGAGCUGAGAGAAAUUAGACAUUUAAUUACGCCUAUGAGUCAAGUCACAGCAAGGAUUAAGUCGGCUUUAUUUAAAGAAGCAUGAAAUGCUACACAAAUAAAGGCUAAUCUACACUAUUGAGCCCUGCUCUAAAAACAGACAUAGAUGUAAAACUGUCUGUGAAGCAGGAUUUAAGAAACAAGUGCUUAAAGUUAAAGUUUUAAAAACAUGUUUGGCGCCAUCUUCUGUCAGUACAGAACAUGACGUUAUGUGGUUAGUUCGUUACUAAUAGACUUAUAUUAGUUUAUAUUAGCUAACUUGUGACAGAAUCGAUAGCUCAGAGGAAAAGUAAUGAUACUAAAACUAAAAAUCAUUCUAACGAGAUCACUUCUUUGCUGCCCCUGACUGCAACAAUGAGUUUUAUGUUAACAAACUGAGGAUAUACUGUCCACUUUCACUGUGUGUCUCUUUUGCAGGAAGUGGCUGGCUGCUGUUUGGCUAGCUGCACCAAACAGGAAAAUGAAUCUGUUAGUCGUAAUGUUUGGAUUUGUAAAGCACUUUGUAAAUGAGGACUGUGUGGAGCAGAGCCUGUUCCUCACCAGGUCGGGUGUACUGAGCCAUGACAUCAGCUUGCAAAGCAGAUAUUGGCAAGAUGCCAUCAGCACUAUUUUAUGCAACACAAAAAAUUUCUCUCUUUAACGAAACACAACCAGUUUACUACAUAACAGGUUACUACAUGAGUAUCAGACCAAAAACAUAACAGGUAUUUAUUUUUUUUUACCAAAGGGUAUUAGAAACCCUAACACUCAUCAGCAUGUCCACAGGAAAAAUGGGCCAUUAUGUUGUAAAGUGUCUGGAUGUGCUCAAGAAGAGAAAGAUUAUCUUAUGACAUAAAAAGUGCUGAAUGCAUCAGCUGAUUGCGCUGCUCAGUAAACUUGGCCAGAGGAGGAAAAACCAGUUUAUGUCAGCCCGGUGAAAGCACCUGUCACCUGUCUCAAACAGGCUCUCCUCCACACAGUCCUCAUUUAGAAAGUGCUUUACAAACUCGAACAUUAACAGGUGGAUUUUCCUGUCUGAGUGCAGCUAGCCAAACAGCGACCAGCCACGUCCUGCUAAAGAGACAUACAGUGAAAGUGGACAGUAUAUUCUUGGUUUUAACAUGAAGCUCAUUGUUGUAGUCAGAGGCAGCAUAGAAGUGAUCCUCUUAGAUUGAUUUUUAGUUUUAGUAUCAUUACUUUUCCUCUGAGUUAUCGAUUCUGUCCCUAGUUAGCUAACAUAAACUAAUUUAAGUCUAUUGGCCGCAAUCAACCAACCGAUCACAUGACGUCACGUUCUGCACUGACAGAAGAUGGAGCUAAACAUGUUUUUAAAACUAUAACUUCCAGCAAAAUUCAAGGAUAAUUUUACAUCUAUGUCUGUUUUUGAGAACAAGGCUCAAUAGUAUAAAUUAGCCUUUUCGUGUGUAGCAUUUCAGGUUCCCUUUAAACACAAAGAUAUUGUGUGGUGUGGUCCCAGCAUGACAGGCAGGUGACUGGUUGAUGACAAAUCUCCUGCUCUUGAUUUUUCAUCAGUUGUGGCUUUUUAAAACAGCUGAAUGGUAUAUGAGGUCAAAAUUUAGGAUUGAUGAGCAUCAUAUAAACACUUAAUAUUUCAUUCAUCACCUGCUGUUAUUUAGUUCUAAGCAAAUAACGAUAUUUUUGUGUUUAUUUAUGUAUUUGUGAAAUUCUUUUAUGCCUGUAAAUCAUUUUGUAUUGUUGCAUAACAAAUAAAGGAGUGAUUAUUCACAAAAUACAACAAA